AGAGACACUGACUGAAGAAAUCACCCGCUGCUACUCGUACAGAUGUUGACAGGGCUCGUGCAGUGCAACAGCAUCUUCGCAUUUCACUGUUUUUGAAAGAGGAGCCGCUCACAUUGCACCUUUACCAUGGGGAAAGUUGAAGGCGGAAUGAAAUGUGUGAAAUAUCUCCUCUUCGCGUUCAACUUUAUAUUCUGGCUGAUGGGCUCGCUGGUUCUGGCUGUGGGACUCUGGCUGAGACUAGAUCCAAAUACUGUGUCACUUUUAGGAGAAGGCGGACCUGAGACCUUCUUUAUCGGGGUUUAUAUCCUCAUUGCGGCCGGGGGUCUGGUGAUGCUGGUGGGCUUCUUUGGCUGCUGUGGUGCCGUGAGGGAGUCUCAGUGCCUGCUGGGAUUGUUUUUCACCUGUCUUCUGGUCAUCUUUGGAGCAGAAGUUGCAGCAGGAGUGUUUGGGUUCCUCAACAAAGAUAAGAUCAUUGAGGAAAUAAAACAUUUCUAUGACGAAUCAGCAGAAAACAACAACAAUAAUGCAACUGUCCGGUCCUACCACAUCAUUUUGAACUGCUGUGACUCACCUUCAGCAAAGCCCACUUUGUGUCAAGACAUCAGUUCAAACAAGACAUGUCACGUGGCCAUUUCAGAGUUUUUCAACAGUAAGCUCUUCAUCGUGGGUUAUGCUGGAAUUGGAAUCGCAGGAGUCAUGAUUAUUGGCAUGAUCUUCAGUAUGGUCCUAUGCUGUGCAAUCCGGAACAGCAGGGAGAUGAUCUAACACAGUCUUCCUCGCCCUGAAAUGACCUUUCUCCUUUGACACUUAACCUUCACUGGACUUGCAUAUACAACAAUAACAUUCCAACCAAGUUCAAGGUGUUCUUCUGCCACCCUGUUAUCUCAGGAGCUAAAAACAAACUCCAUGUUCAUAAUCGUGUACACCUCCCGAUGCUUAUUCCAGCCUGGUUGUUUUAACUGUUUCAGAUUGCUGGGUUGUCAUUAUUUAAUGCCUACUGGUUAGGUGCUGAGCUGGAUUUUCCAAAUGUGACAAAAACAAGAUGCCUUUUCAUUAUUUCUUUAAAUUGUGUUAAUAUAAUUUAGAUAUUAACUUCAGUUUUAGUGCACACUGAUUUGUGUUUUUAUGCUAUUCUUGGCUGUUGCUGUGUGGCUUCACAUGUCAGAUAAAAAUAUUGUGUAAUGUGAUGCCAGGGGUUCUGUGGCAAGCCCACAGCCGGGUGGGAACGGCGAUAAGACCCACAGAUGCCUUUCACUUUAUGUUUGUACACAAAGAAAGUAGUCUUCUUUGUCACCAAGAGAUCGCAAACGCAAAUAAACAUUUAUGAAGGAUGCACACAAAACUCUAAACUCACAUGCUGGAGAUCUUUAGAGGAAUCCUUGUAUUAUUGAAGACCAUAUCGUUCAGUAAGCCCUCUUAAGUCUUUCUUAGGAAUUUCUCUAUGUCCUUUCCACUUCAGGAAAAGCACAGGAACACAUAUUUCCAGCUUUGCUUUCUUGCUUUUGAACUCAUGCUAACACUGGCGAAAUGAUUGGGUUUCUGUUAUGCAACAGCUGCAGCCCCCACUGAUGACGGUACAGCAUGGUGUUCUCGGGUUCGAUGGAGCCAAAUCUACUCAUUUAUGUGGACCUUUUGAUGUGGAGUUGCCUGGUUAUUUUGUGCAUGUAGCCAUAAGUAAAGACUCAAGGCUGAUACUAUCUUCUACUGUCUGUUCUGUGAAAACGAAACGGAUCAGACAUGAAAAGCAUUUGAAUCAUUUGUUUGAUUCAUUCCCCAACUAAGGAUAGUCUAAGCAGUGUCCUUAAUUGUGACAUGCUACAAAUAAAACUAUUUUAAACAUUUUUUUUUUCACCAUGCAUUUAUAUAAAAUGCAUGAAUAAAUCAGACAUGCAUUCGGUGACCUCAUAUUAAUAUGAGAUUGACCAUGUAGAUUCCUUUCUACAAUAUCACACAUUCAUUUAUAUAAUUAGUUUCUUUUCUUCUUUUUUUUUGAUGGUUUUUGUGAUUUUGCCAAUUAUUAAAUAGGACCGUGAAGUUGAGACAUGAAGUAAUGAGAGAGGGAAACAGGAUCAGGAAAGGACCUCGAGCCAAGGCAUGAACUCAGGUCACUCAAGGUACAUCUGCACCAUAUGUCGUAUUUUGAGGUUUUAAUUAGAUUUUGUUUCCUGGAUUUCCAAUGACAUCUCACACUUUUGAACCCAAACAUUUUUACCCUAAACUUUUGAACUACCCUUCAACUUCAAAUGAUCAAAUUCAAGAUUUUGGAAUGAAAACUGAAGUAUCUACAAAUUGUAAUGAGCCGCAAUUUCCACAUAACUGAACUUAAACAGACUUGCAUUUCUGUAUACAUAUCUGUGACAGUUUCAUAGGUUCUUAUUGUAGUUGUAGCGAUCAUGAAGAUCUGUAUUGUGCGGUUGAUGUGUAUAGAGGCAGCUUUAGCCAGUGUACAGUAACUUUUGCUUCAUGAUUUUGUUGCAUUUGAAUAUUAAGGCGCCUUUUUUAAUUUAUACGAAAAGACAACUUAAUAUUAACGCUUUUUUUUCAUGAAAGGAUUGGAAAAGGGACAAAAUCUCUCUUUUUUAUUAUUUAUAAUGGGACAGCCAUUGGUUGGUCAGAUAUAUUUCUGCUGGUGCAUCACUGCUGAAGUUCCUCAAGUUGAAGUGGCAUUAGAGUAGCGAUUAGGAUACGUCGUAGUCGAUGCUAACAGAGAGUAACACAUGAAACAAGUGUUCUGUUCACAUUCAAUGUUGAUGUAGAUCUGUCCUCCAACCCAUUUGUGGUUGUUCAGACUGUAAAACAACUAGUAUGGAGUGUGUAGCUUCAAGUAGAAGCUCUGUUGUAAACUAUUUUUGGUGUGUCAUUCAUACAAUUUGUGUAAACGAUGUAGAGAUUUUUUUUUUUUUUUUGUACUGUAAACAACACUGAAAAUUUUUUGAUGUUGGUGUUCAUAAUUUGUGUGUUUAAUUUAUUUUCUGGAGUUCAAAAAAUAGCAAAAUAAGUUCAAAUUAGCAUUCGAGUUUCUCAGGAACAUUGCAGCAUGAGAACAAAUAAACUUGUUUGAAGUUUC